CUUCUCCAAAACUUUCCUCUCCACUGUCUCUACUUUCCUCUCUUCACAGUUUUCCUUAAUCCUUAAGUUCUUCCUUACCUUCUUCCUCAGCUUCUUCUUCCCUAAAAUUCUGCUGAAGCAUUAAGAAUUCCAUUCUAUCCAUGUGUUCUUCAAUGGCUGAGCCAGAAUCAGAUGAGUCUAACAACACCAAACCCCAAAAGGUGAUGUCACCAGAUCAAAACCAUGAAAACCAAAGUAAGUUCUACAAUCAUUUUCUCUACAAGAUUGCUCUAGUUGUAGUUUUCUUCGUUGUUCUCCCUCUUUUUCCAUCACAAGCUCCUGAGUUCAUAAACCAGAGUGUCAUCACCAGAAGCUGGGAGCUUCUUCAUCUUCUCCUAGUUGGUAUAGCUGUGUCUUAUGGCUUAUUUAGCAGACUAAACGAAAAAGUAGAGAAAGAAAACAAUACGAAGUUCGAUAAUGCUCAUUCCUAUGUGUCUAGGAUUCUUGAGGUGUCCUCAGUUUUUGAUGAUGAGGCAGAAGCCUCACCUGUGCAUGGGCCUGAUGAAAACAAGGUCCAGGCAUGGAGUAGUCAGUAUUUUAGGAAUGAACCUGUAGUGGUUGUGGCUCAAGAACACUCUGUUCUUGAUGAACAGAGACAUAGCAGCUCAAUAUUUGGUGAAAAGCCUUUGCUUUUGCCUGUUAGGAGCCUAAAGCAACGUGUUCCUGACCAGGAGAAGAUAGAGUCUAUUGAUGAAUCUAGUGUUAGUACUUCUGGUGGUGCUCUGAGUAGGUCUAAUUCUAGGUCUGGUUCAAGAAGGUUUUCGAGAAAAUCGAGUAAGGCUAGAGCUGGUGAAACUGGGGAUCUAGAUCAUCAAGAGUUGGAGGAGAAGUUGAAGGAGAAGUUGAAGGAGAGUAUUGUGCUUCCUUCCCCAAUUCCGUGGAGAUCAAGAUCAGGAAGGUUGGAAGUGAAAGAGGAUCUUGUUAGUAGUACUCCAAUGGAGGAAGCUGAAUUUAACCGCCUAGAUCCUGGUGGUGUUUCGAGGUCCCAAAGCUCUCGUUCAUCUCGAUCUGAGUCAGUGACUUCAUCACCAAAGCUGUCUCCUUCAACAUCACUUUCUUCUCCGAAGAAGUUAUCUCCUGCACCCUCAUUGUCACCAGAAGUUCAAGCCAAGAGUGUUGAGGAUAUGGGGAGGAAGAGGAACUUUUACAAGGCUUCUAUUCCCCCACCUCCUCCUCCACCGAUGUUCUAUAAGUCAUCAUCUAUGAGGCCAAGCAGUGAUGAGGUUUUGUAUAAGGAUUUGAGAAGAAGCAUCACAACUGAAGCAAACAACUUGGAUAGGAGCAAUGGAGAAUCUAUGAUGGGCAGAGUUAAUUCAGGGGUUGAAACAAAGCAUAGGCUGAGCCAUGUUGAUGGCAUUUCAAUGGGGAAGUUUGUCAGGACAACCAGAGGUGGAGAACAAGGAUAUGUAAAUGGGAAGCUGGAGCAAAGCGCUAAGGAAGUUGGAGCAGACAUGGUGGAGAAUGUAACAAGAAAAAGGGUGGGGUUUGAUGAAUCUUCAUUCUGGACUGAAGAUUUGAGCCAUGAAAGCAGCAUUCCCAACAACAUCAAAUCAUCUCCUUUUGAGGAAUUUUCAGAGGAAGAUGAGAAGGAAGAUCUUUUCGACAAGGUGGUUAUGGAAUCGGAUGAGGAAACCGAAAGCGAGGAUGAUGACAGUGAAGGUGGUUUUGCUUCUAAAGACAUUGGAGAGAGCCCAAAGCCAAGUCCUAGGCCCUAUCAACCUGCUUCUGGCAGUUCAAGUGAUGGAGGACCUGAUGUGGAUAAGAAGGCAGAUGAGUUCAUUGCUAAAUUCAGGGAGCAGAUAAGGCUUCAGAGAAUAGAUUCAAUCAAGAAAUCGAGUGCACAGAUUAGUAAAAACUUGUCAAGGUAAUAUGUGAAGAUACCCCAUUAUUGUAAAAACAGGUUGGAUGAAAACUUGUUAUUUAAGUCUACUUUCUUGGUCUUAUUUUGAACUAUAUCUGUUGUUUCAAAUUAUGAUCGCCGGUAUACAUAGAAUUGCA